GUCUUAAAGUGUAGUACAUUAACAAGUGUUGUCAAGUGUAUAGAAUAGAGAGAGAGAGAGAGAGAGAGAGAGAUGGAGAGAGGAGGUCAAGUAAGAAUUGGCAGUGAUGAUGAAGAUGAUGUUGUUGUGUUUGCAGUAAAUGGAAAAAGAUACGAGGUUUCAGUACACCCCUCUACCACUCUUCUUGAUUUCUUGCGUUCUUCUACCCCUUUCAAGGGUGUCAAGCUCAGCUGUGGUGAAGGUGGUUGUGGUGCUUGUGUUGUUUUACUGUCUAAUUACGACCCUUUGCUAAAGAAAGUAAAAAGUUACACUGUGAGUUCAUGUCUUACACUUGUUCAUAGUGUAAAUUAUUGCUCAAUUACAACAACUGAAGGACUUGGAAAUAGCAGAGAUGGUUUUCACCCAAUCCAUGAAAGAUUUUCUGGUUUUCAUGCUUCUCAAUGUGGUUUCUGUACGCCCGGAAUGUGCAUUUCGCUGUUCUCAGCGCUGGUCAAUGCCGAAGAGAAGCAGAGGCCGGACCCCCCUACAGGAUUCUCCAAACUCACUGUUUCAGAAGCUGAAAAGGCUAUAUCAGGGAAUCUGUGUAGAUGUACUGGAUAUCGACCCAUUGCAGAUGCCUGUAAAAGUUUUGCUGCUGAUGUUGAUCUGGAGGAUUUGGGAAUGAAUUCCUUCUGGAGAAAGGGAGAGAGUAAUGAAGAUAAACUAAGUAAAUUACCUUCUUAUAAUCCGAAAGAUGAUGUUUGUACAUAUCCUGAAUUCUUAAAAAGAGAAUUGGAGUCUACAAUGUAUUUGAGCCCUCAUAAAAAGUCUUGGUACAGUCCUCGCACUCUUGAGGAGCUCCGAACUUUCACUGACCCAAAAUUGUCUACAACUCGAACUAAGUUAGUUGCUGGUAACACAGGAAUUGGUUAUUACAAGGACCUUGAUCAAUAUGAGAGAUACAUCAACUUGAGGAAUGUCUCUGAGCUUUCAUCAAUUAGUAGAAACGAGACAGGGAUGGUAAUUGGAGCAACUGUCACAAUAUCUAAAGCUAUCUCAGCAUUGAAAGAAAAAGUAGGUGGCGUCGUAUGUUCAGAUUGGGAAUUGAUAUUCACCAAAAUUGCUGAGCAUAUGGAGAAGAUUGCUUCAGAGCCUGUUCGUAACUUAGCUAGUGUAGGGGGGAAUGUGGUUAUGGCACAAAGACAUUGUUUCCCAUCAGACAUUGUCACAGUACUUCUUGCUGUGAGUUCUACAGUUGAUUUAAUAAUCAAUACAAAACGUGAAAAUCUUACAUUGGAGGACUAUCUGUCAAAGCCACCAUUGGAUAAUAGAGGGGUUCUAUUGAGUAUCCAAAUUCCUUUCUCGACCUCAUUUACAAGUAACUUCUCUACCAAAACUAGUAAGUUGGUGUUUGAAACUUAUCGCGCUGCUCCAAGGCCACUUGGAAAUGCACUCCCUUACCUAAAUGCUGCUUUUUUAGCCAUUAUUUCACCAAGUAAAAUGGGAUUUGUGAUAAAUAAGAUUAAGUUAGCUUUUGGUGCUUUUGGAGCUAAACAUGCCAUGAGAGCAAGGGAGGCUGAAGAAUACUUGGCUGGUAAGCCUAUAAGUUUGAAUGUUCUCUAUGAAGCUAUUAACAUAGUUCGAGCCACUGUGAUUUCCAAAGAUGGAACUUCAGAUGCUACUUAUAAAUCAAGCUUGGUUGUCAGUUAUCUUUUUAAGUUUCUUUAUCCCUUGUCUGAUGGCGUUGUUUCGGUUUCCAAUGGUUUAUCUACUCAUAAUUCUGCUAACAACUUUAAAGAUGGAGACAACCUGUCAAAUGAUGCUAAAAAGCCUUCACUAUUGUCAUCUGGAAAGCAGCUGGUGGAAACAAGCAGAGAGUACUAUCCGGUUGGUCAACCAAUUGUUAAAUCCGGUGCUUCUAUUCAAGCUUCUGGCGAAGCUGUUUAUGUAGAUGACAUUCCUUCACCAUCAAACUGCCUUCACGGUGCAUUUAUAUAUAGCACAAAGCCACUGGCAAGGGUGAAGAAUGUCCGAUUCAAGACCAAGUCACUACCAGAUGGAGUAACUGCUGUUAUAACCUACAAUGAUAUUCCAAAUGGAGGGGAGAACAUAGGUUCUAAGACCAUAUUUGGUACAGAACCACUGUUUGCUGACGAAAUUACCAGGUGUGCUGGCCAGUGUCUUGCUUUUGUGGCUGCAGAUACACAGAAGCUUGCAGAUAGGGGUGCAUCUCUGUCCCUAAUUGAUUAUGAUACUGAUGAUUUAGAGCCACCUAUAUUAACUCUUGAAGAGGCUGUUGAGAAAUCAAGUUUCUUCGAAGUUCCUUCCUUCUUAUAUCCGGCCCCGAUUGGGGACUUCUCGAAAGGCAUGGCUGAAGCUGAUCACAGGAUUAACUCUGAGAUCAAACUUGGUUCCCAAUAUUAUUUUUAUAUGGAAACACAAACUGCCCUUGCUAUACCAGAUGAAGACAAUUGCAUGGUGGUGUAUAGUUCUAUUCAGUGUCCAGAGUAUGUACACACAGUUAUUGCAAGAUGUCUUGGUAUACCUGAACAUAAUGUUCGAGUUAUCACGAGAAGGGUUGGAGGAGGUUUUGGUGGAAAGGCAAUAAGGGCCAUGCCUGUAGCAACAGCAUGUGCACUUGCAGCAUACAAAUUGCGGCGUCCUGUACGAAUGUAUCUUAAUCGUAAGACUGACAUGAUAAUGGUGGGAGGAAGGCAUCCCAUGAAGAUAACUUAUGAUGUUGGGUUCAAAUCCGAUGGAAAGAUUACAGCCCUACACCUAUGUAUUUUGAUCAAUGCAGGGAUGUCUGCAGAUAUAAGCCCUAUUAUGCCAAAUAACAUGUUGGGGGUGCUUAAGAAGUAUAAUUGGGGAGCCUUAUCUUUUGACAUUAAGGUAUGCAAAACAAACCAUUCCAAUAAAUCUGCAAUGCGAGCCCCUGGGGAGGUGCAGCCAUCUUUUAUUGCAGAAGCUGUAAUGGAACAUGUUGCCUCUAUGCUUUUCAUGGAAGUAGAUUCUGUUAGACACAGGAACCUUCACACAUUUGAUAGCCUCAAUUUAUUCUAUAAGCAUAGCGCAGGAGAACUUGUGGAGUAUACUUUGCCAUCUAUCUGGGACAAAUUACAGGUAACAUCGAAUUUUAGCCAAAGAACUGAAAUGAUACAACAGUUUAAUCAAAAGAAUUUAUGGAAGAAAAGGGGAAUUUCUCGAGUUCCCAUUGUGCAUGAAGUAACCGUGAGACCUACCCCGGGGAAAGUAAGCAUUCUUUCAGAUGGGUCCGUUGCUGUAGAAGUUGGUGGGAUUGAACUUGGGCAGGGGCUGUGGACGAAGGUCAAACAAAUGACUGCAUAUGCACUUGGUACGAUUCAAUGUGAUGGAACUGCAAACCUUGUGGAUAAGGUACGGAUUGUACAAGCAGAUACAUUGAGCUUAAUUCAAGGCGGGUUUACAGCUGGAAGCACGACUUCUGAAUCAAGCUGCGAAGCAGUUAGAAUUUGCUGUAACAUUUUGAUCGAACGACUCUCCCCUUUAAAGGAAAAGUUGCAGGCUCAAAUGGCUUCUUUGACCUGGGAUACUUUAGUUCUCCAGGCACACAGGCAAGCUGUGAACAUGUCAGCAAGUUCGUAUUUUGUGCCCGACUUCGGUUCCAUGCAAUACUUGAAUUAUGGCGCUGCAGUAAGUGAGGUGGAGAUAAAUACUCUGACCGGAGAAACUACAAUUCUUCGCUCGGAUAUCAUUUAUGAUUGCGGACAGAGCUUGAACCCUGCUGUAGAUUUGGGACAGAUUGAAGGUGCUUUUGUUCAAGGAAUUGGAUUCUUCAUGUCUGAAGAGUACCUUACUAAUUCAGAUGGACUAAUGGUUGCGGAUAGCACAUGGACAUACAAGAUACCGACUAUUGAUACAAUUCCAAAGCAGCUUAAUGUUGAGGUACUUAAUAGCGAACAUCACAGAAACCGUGUUCUCUCAUCUAAAGCUUCUGGUGAACCGCCUUUACUUUUGGCAGUUUCAGUACACUGUGCAACAAGGGCUGCCAUAAAGGAAGCUCGAAAACAACUUCAUUCUUGGAAAAAUUCAUCAGACCAGUCUAACGUUUCAUUCCAAUUAGAUGUCCCCGCUACCAUGCCUGUUGUGAAGCGACUUUGUGGAAUGGAUUAUGUGGAGUCCUAUUUGCAGAACUUGUUAUCUUGUCAAGGAAGAAAACAGGCUUAAUGUUUUUCUUUCCGCAUGUCUGAUGAGAACUGAUAUUAUACACACUUCACUUGGAAUAAUAUUGGGGUGGAGCUAAAAAUUUAUCUUGAGAAUUUUUUUCCUUUUUUCUAUAAAUUUCUUUGAUA